UUAUACCGGUAGAUUAAAAAUACUGGAACUUAAAGAGAUCUACACAUGCAACAAUAGUUAUUUCUGAGGUAUGCACACUUCAGACAUCUAGGUGUCCAGUACAUCAUUUAUAAAGCAUCGAUAACGAUGCAUUCGAAGACGACGAGUUCAAAAUCUUUUGGUCCCAUAUGGGGACAUGCCGGCGAGCCGUGGGAAGAACGCAUCGUCACGUUGUUCAUCGGAUCUGCAGAUAAUGAUCUUACGUGGCUCCAGGUCAAUUUGAUAAUUUAAAAAACAGCAAAAUAAAGUUACAUUUGCUGACCUGCAACUUGUGUCAAAGUGUGAUCUAUCAUCAAGAACCGCUGUAUAAACAACCGCAUCUGCGGUGUCCAGAAAGAACCAUCGCCAUAUUUAUUACCCAGGGUUCUUGGGGUGACGUUUGACCUCGUACUAGCAGACGACAAAGGUUUGUGCUGGUCAUUUUUUGUCAAAUAUUGUAAUGUUGUAGGUGAAAUUUAGGUAAAAGUUCCGUCAAACUUUUAUCCAAAGGCUUCCAGGAACACAAGGAAAUACUAGGAAUGUGGUAUAAGCGGAUAUAUUAAGUAUUUUUGUUGCAAUUUCUAUGUGGACCGCUAGGCCGUGCUUGUCAACAAUGACGCAACAAUGUUGAGGAAGCUUGACAAAUGGGCUUGUUAGGCGACUUGGUGUUGUAUCCUAUACAAUUUUGUCCUCUAAGCACAUUAUUGAUUGCGAAUGUGUGCUCAAUCAGUGGUAUAAUCAAAUCAUUUAAUAAAGAAAUAACGUUAAACAGCCAAUCAGUGCCAAGGUUAUCCCGUUUUGGGGAUGAAAGGACAGUUACUGUAGUUCAGAUUAGACAUUUGUUGGAAGAGCAUUGUAUCCUUCCUCAAUAGUUAUGCUUGGAAAUUUUGAUACGAUUACAGAAUAAUGGAAGGUUCCAAAAAGGGGAGAAGAGUCUGGAGUCGUGAAAAAAUCGAAGAAGUACUACAAGAUAUCACUGAAAACAAUCUGACACAGAGCAGUGCUUCAAGGAAGUACGGGAUACCUCAGACGACAAUCAGUGAUAAGGUAUUGGGAAUAAGCUCACUGGACGCAACGCCUGGAAGACCCCCAAGUCUUUCGAAAGAAGAGGAGGACAGCCUCGUUUUCUACAUCAAGUAUCGGACAGAACGAGGCUUUCCCAUCACGAAGAAAACCAUCCUGGCCCUGGCUCAAGCCGUUCAUGUGCGGUAUUGCGAGGAGAAUGACGCCGCGCCAAAGAUAAGCCUAGAAAGUGGACUCUCUCAAAAGUGGUGGAAAGGGUUCAAGGGGCGGCAUGACCUGACCAUCCGCAAGCCUGACCCGCUAGACAGAGGCAGAAGGGACGCCAUUGACAGGGAAGUCGUGAAGGAUUUCUUCACCCUUCUGUCUGAAACCAUGGCCAAGAACGGCUUAGAUGGGCAGCCGCAUCGAGUAUACAACGCGGAUGAAACCGGAUUUGAGUUGGACCCACAACGAAAGAAAGUCGUCUCGUUUGCCAAAAUGAAUGCUCCAGCAACGUCCGUGAGGAAGGGGACGAGGGAUCAUAUCACCUCUAUGGAGUGUGUGGCCGCAAACGGCACAGCAUUACCACCAAUGAUCAUAUUUUCUAAGAGCUACCCGAGCACCGCGUAUAGCCUUGACGGUCCGGACAAUGCCGUGUACGCCACAACUCCCUCUGGUUUUAUCGAGGCAGACAUCUUCCUCUCUUGGCUCGAUAAGUGCUUUAACCGCUUCUCUUCUCCAGAGCGACCUGUGCUAUUGCUUCUGGACCAACACAGCACUCACGUGACGACUGAGGCGAUAGACUUUGCGAUCAAAAACGACAUAAUCCUGAUGGGCUUGCCACCUCACAGCAGCCACUUCCUGCAACCGCUGGACGCACAAGGCGGGCCAUUCAACAGGAUGAAAGACGUCUAUGAAGAUGUAGUUAACGACGUUACACUUGUCAGGCCUAACUACUUUGUAACAAAGUCGUCUUUCUCAAAGAUAUAUAAGAUUGUCCGAGAGAAAACGUUGAGUAUGGAGGUGAUCAAGACCGGCUUCAGGAAGACGGGUGUGUAUCCUGUGGAUGAAGAUGCAGUAAACGAAAGGUGGCUGGUGUUGAAUGAAGUACACACAGAACAACAAGACGGCUGCGAAGCAGAGAGACAGCUUCUGCAGGAGGAAGUGGAAAUGUUGGAUCUUGCAGAGAUAGCAUCUCAGGCAAAAGAAGAUGAAGAAGCGAUCGGUCACGAGGCAGCAGAAAAACAGCUGCUGCCAGAAGAACUGGAAAUGCUGGAGCUUGCCGACGAAAUGGCACAGUCGACCAACAGAAAUCCAGUCAAGAGUACACGUCGGGCAGCAAACGACUCCACUCUUCGUAGGUCAACUUGCCGUGCCUGCGGGGCCAGACUGGAUUUGGGGUCAGCGAACCCUUUUGUUCAGGCUGGGGUAGUAGCGCCAUAUGUGUCAGACCUACUGACCCCCAUACCAGAGGCACACACACGACGGGCAAGACGCAUCAAACCGAAAGCCCUAGUGUUUGAUGAAGAAUAUGUCGCUACCCUAAAAAGAGAGGCAGAUGAGAAGGAAGAGCGAAAGCGCAAAGAGAAGUUGAGGAAGAAAAAGGAGAGAGAGGAGAAGAAGAAGAAGAAAAUGGAAGAGUUGGCAAACAUGAGAAAAGAGAAGUUGGAGAUUAGACAGAAACUGAGAGAAGAGAAGCAGAAAAAGAAGAUGGAAGAGCUGGAGAACAAGCGUCAAGAGAGAUUGCAGAUCAGACAGAAAAGGAGAGAAGAGGCACUGAAAAAGAAGAAGAAGGCGGGUACGGGGAAGAAAACAUCUUCACAGGGCCGAGUUGAGAGUGGACUCACAGACAUGACCCCAGUUGGCAGCGGACAGCAGACUCCGACCUGCAGUGGACAGCGAACUCCGACCUGCAGUGGACAGCGGACUCCGACCUGCAGUGGACAGCGGACUCCGACCUGUAGUGGACAGGAGACUCCAGUCGGCAGUGGACAGCAGACUUCGAACUGCAGUGGACACCAGGCUCCGGUCGCCAGUGUCAGUGGGCUUCAGACGCCGGGAGACGAUGGGCAUGGUGGCAACAAGAACAGACCACGUCGUAAAGCACUGGUGCCGUACUGGAUGACUGACUUUACCACGGAAUCUUGGGAAGAUGACUGAACGCAGAGGUACCCGGCGUGUAGUGCCACAGUUGCAGCCUUGUCGUCAGUCUCAACGAGUUUGAGAGCAAUCGUCGUGUGCAUUGUUACGAAGUGAAGUCGAUGUGUAUAAUGUAUAAUGUAUACAUACACCCCCUUCAACACUUACUAUGACUUACGUUAUCACCAGAAAAGGUACAGAGAUACAGUGGACAGACGUCCUUGCACAUUACGACUAUAAUGUAAGAGUCAUUGCGUUAAAUGGUAUGACCAUUCAAGACUUGUUCUGCUGGCGUUCUGUCACCUCUUCGGUUAGGAGGUACGUUCAUUCACGUUUGGUGAUGGGAAUGCAUAUGAGAAUAUUUCUGUUUGAUGUUCAUGCACUGAAAGCCAGAUGUAUGCAUGACGUACAAUUACUUAUGUUUAGCUCAUUGCAAGAAAUGACUCUAUCUGUGCGAUACAUUUCGAGCAUUCAAUCUAAUUCGAUUCGAUUCUAAUUUAGGUGAAUUGCGAUAUUCCGUUAGAGACAGUUCCAAGUGUUACCUUUACUAUUGAAACAUGACAACAAGUGGCUUGUUAGAUUACUAGCAUCUUUAAUGAAGAAUGUAAUAACAGAUAUAACUACUCCGCUACUCCGCUACUCCGCUGCCGCUCCGCUACUCCGCUACUCCACCUCCAUCUUCAAAACGGGGUAACCUCGCUUGACGUAGCCCUCCUUCAAGGUGACACGCAGACGGUCAGGCUUCCCGCCGCAAAGCUCCAGGACAUCCUUCUUUAACUUCUCGGGCACCCAUCCCACUUGCACCCAGGAGCCCCCCAUCUUCGCAUAGGUCAUGAUUCCCGCGCACGGAGCCCCAGGACGGUGCCACAUCUCCAUCUUCAGCGCAGGACUACUUGACUCGAUCAGCUGUGUAGCAUUAGCUGAAUAAUGGUACGUCUGGAGUGUGAGAUGCUGUAAACCAAAAUGAAUAAAGUUGAAUACUAUUUUGAUCGUCAAUACCGAGUACAUGUCAUAUUUGUAUCUCGUUCUUAGGAAAGAGGAGACUGUCGAAUUAUUAUGAAAAGCCUAAGCUAACAGCGUUACAUUUUGAUGAUAGUAAUUAAAGGAACUUUGGUUUUCUUAAUGCUUAACUUCUAAAGUGAUAAGCAGAAAAGAUACUUACCAUCCUGUCAGGUCCUUGGCUGUGUUGAAAUGUAACGUUUGAUGUCAAAGUUUUCUGUCACGAUCUCGAUAGAAAUGGCGGGAGACGUAGCUGGACUAUACCAUUGCCAAUUGCAAUUCCUACGCUAUACUUUUCGUAUUUAUUUUCCAAGAACUUAGUUAAAUAAUAAAAAAAUUCUUCAAUAACAACAGUAUCCAUUGAAUUUUAUUAUGUGUUACAACCGAAAUUAGACGUGCCUUCAUAUCAUCGACGCUAU